GAAGCUGGUAAAUAUUUCAUCCACACCUGCCUUUAACACUGCCAGACCCAGAGGUUUUGGUGCUCCCUCAUGUUCCCAAUGGUGUCCCUUUUUGCGGUGUGUGGAUGAAAUAUUUUGCCAGCAGUAAUACAUUAUUCAUCACACUUUUUACUUGUCCUAUUCCAAAUGGAUUUUUCAAAACAACCAUUUCCAAAGGUCUUCCCAGAAUGUCUGUGGCGAUGCAAUGGUAAAAUAGAUAUGCAGUUUCAAUGUCGUUCUCACAAAAAAAAAAAUAAAAUACAGAUGUUUUGUUCAGUAUUGAACAUUUUCCUUAGCAGUUCACUGAUGGAUACAUUUCAUUUAAAAGGUUAACGUGUAUUUUUUGAUGAAAUAUUUGCUGUGGUGACAGCAAGGAGCUGCCAAAGUUUUCAGUUCCGUGUUCUGAAUCUGGUGCUUGAAAAAUUGAGGAACUCCUUAAAAAAAUGAAAUUCUGAUCUUUGACACGUGAUAUUGUGAAGGGCACAUUUUUAAAUGAGAGCCAGUUUCCCUGAUCAUCCACUAGAUGGCGGAAUGACCACACACCUUGAGCCACCCAGUUCUGCAAAAGAUAUUGAUUUUGUAUUGCACCGUUGUUCCAUGUUGGGUUUGGAUAUGGUGUAAAAUUGUGGUUUUCUCCUAUUCAUAAGGAGAAAGAUAGAGCAGUUAUUCUGCUUUUGGCAAGAGAGGAUCCUCUGUCAACGAUUUUGUGAUGACAAUUUUCAGUGUGAUAAAGAGAGGGAUACGUACAAAUAACUGCUGACAGUGAUUUACUACUUUCUUUAUUGCUUUCUAAUCACGCCCACCUGUGUGGGGUUUUCCAGCGAACAUGUUUAAUCAACAUCAUGUAGCUGUUAUCUCGAAUGUUUUUGUUUGCUGGCGCCAACCAGAGAGGACAGGCUGGAGGGGCGGUGGAUGGAGUUGUCUGUCUCCUCACACACACCAACUUUUAUGGCUACACGGGAUCACACUGGAUUUUAUGUGUUUUAUGUCUUUUUGGAACUGUUUAACAUGGGGCGUGACUGCCCGCCUUUUCUUUUGCAUACUGCCUCGUUAUAUUUUCAUGCUUUCUUUGGACCAACGCGCUCUACAACAUCAAAAAGUACAGAGACCCGAAUUGAUUCGUACUGAUUGUGAUGUUGGAAUACAGAGAAGAAAAUACGUCGAAGUGCUGUGGGUCUUUAUUCCACACAAAGAAAUAAAAUUAGGGAAAUAAAAUAACCUGUGCGCAAAGGACAGAGAAACGCGCACAGAAUGCGCUAACCACUUCCGUUUUCUCUAUUCAGAAAAAGUGACAACGUGAUCGUUAAAAAAUAACAAAUGAGAAAAGCACAAUUACACGCAAUCACUUUGAAACUUUUAUUUAGAAAGUAUUUUAUUUCCGGUAAUUUUCCUGCUCGUGUCUGUAACUUGAUGCUUUUGUACAAGGUGACGUGGUGACCACUUCCUCGCGAAAGGUGGCGCUGCAAGUCAGGUCAAUGCUGUCAGGUGUGCGGUGUGUCAAGGAAGAGCAGUAUAGGAACAGGUGGAUCUAUCGUCUUUCUGUUAAAAAAAUACACUGAUAAUCUUUCGUUCUUGUCACAACUGAAUCUUUCGGAAAGUAGGUUACAGUAUUCUUGUCGAUUGGAUGUUUCAAAGAUUUUUUUUUCCCUUUCAGCAUUGCAACGUUAGCGAUACAAACUUCACAAAGUGGCGUAUGAUUGUCCUCACCGAAUGCGCAAAUACAUUUGACUGUAAAGUUAACAUUUCAUAUUCAAAUGAUUUUCUGCGAGGUUUAUAUUGUUUAUUAUGGCGGCCUAAAUGAACGUUGAAGAAGGUCGAUUGGGUGGAUGUCGAUUCUUUGAAACUCACGUGUUGCAUUCACGGUUUGUUGUUUUCAAUGUGGACAUGAACUUGAAAAUUUUGUGCAGGAAGAUGUUCCCCGUAGACAUGCCACCUGUUGUCGAAACUGACCUGAGAUCAGCAUCUGAACAGUAUCUUUUGUCACUAAAGUCCAGGCCUGAAGAUAAUGCCUGGUUUCAAUCAUCCAAAACUUCUAAGUUGGAAAUAAGAGCAAAUAACAUCAAAUGGUUGCAGCUAUUUGAGGAUGACCAAGCUAGAUCUUCGUUAUUGGCACUUCACCCACCUGAUGAUCCAGCUCAAGUGGUAGCCUUAUACUUGUAUGGAAGUUGGUGGUCUGUGAAUGAUGUUGUACGGACGUCCUGCAAAUCAAGAACUGACUUGCUUCCGGUCCAGUCCCUAAUGGAGAGGCUCGUUAUGUUCCUGUUGAGUCAGGUGGUGGAGAGGCCUUCACAUGAGGAAGCACUCUUCUCCCUGCACCCCCGCACAGAGAGCGCCAAAUUGCUGUGGCGAGAUGGCCAAGCAGUUGGCUUCUACACAGUCAAACACAAAGGCAGUCUGUGUGACAGCUGGAGCAGCCGCUGCUACCAGCUGCCUGUUCUGGACACUGUGCUGGUAAGGCCAAGCUGGAGGAAAAGAGGACUGGGACUUAAGAUGCUGAGUGAUUUCUGCUCGUCCUUCCCCAGCGAGCAGGUGCUGGGAAUCAGUGUGCCACUUUCACCCAGCAUGAUUGCAGUGUGUAGGCAGUUUCUGCAGCUGAAUGAAGACUACAGAGACCGUCUGUAUGAAGUCGAGGCUCCAGGGGAAUGGACUCAACGGCGAAACAUCUGGCUCAACAUCCAACUGUCCCGCUAUUCGCUCAGUGGAGAUGAAGUUGUAUGAGUAGGAAACCUCAUUUGAUCCAAGACUGCGUCCAUACAGCUCAUCUUGUACCAGUUGAUAAAACUCAGCAUCCUUUGUUUUGAUAACUCUUAUGUUAGUUGUCUCUCGUAUCUAUACAUUUUCUGUCACGGGUGUGCUGGAGCCGAUCCCAACUGACUCUGGGCGAGAGGCGGGGCAUUUUCCAGAAGGUUAUUUCUGUCUGUCAGGCCACACCUCAUGGAGGAUUAAAUGUGAACCCCUCCUCCCCCCAGCACUAAACAGCAAGCUUGGGUCAAAUUUAAGACAAAUUUAGGAUUUAGGCGAGGACUUCAUGGUGCAGUCUUCCUUCUGCCUGAAGUCAGAUGGGUUGGUUCCAGCACCCACUCUUACCCCCCCGUCACGCCAUCCUGUUCAGGAUAAGCGGUGUGGAAAAUUGAUGGAUAAAUAUAUGUCAU